AUGACUUCAAGCACCCCCAACGAUCCCACCAUUCUGACCCAGAGCUUCCACUACGAGAACUCAACCCACAGCUACGAUAUCAAAUGGCGCUCCCUAGGCGAUGCGCAAUCCCCACCUCUUAUCUUCAUCCACGGAACGCCCUGGUCUUCUCGCGUCUGGACGCCAUUCGCCCUAGCCUUGUCUCGACAAUUCCACGUGUACCUAUUCGACAACCCCGGCUUUGGAGACUCACCACUCGAGCGCGAAAUAUCAGAAAAAGGCUUCAAACCGGCCGAUACCGUCACGGAGCUUGAUGCCGAUCUAGCACGACAAUCCGAAGUCUUCGCCGCCUUGUUCAAGUCCUGGGAAAGAAAGUGGGGCGACCAAAAAGCUCAUGUCGUAGCGCAUGAUCAUGCAGGUCUAAUGAGUCUGCGCGCAUAUUUGCUACACGGUUGUCGAUACGCUAGUCUCUGCCUUAUUGACGUUGUCGCUCUCGGACCAUUUGGGAAGUCGUUGUUUGAGGCGGUGGCGGAGUUUCCCCAAUACUUUCAGCAGCUGCCCGAUAUGUCCUUCGAGGGAAUCCUAGAGGCAUAUAUCCGCAACGCGGCCUUCACCGAGCUGCCAAAAGAUAUCAUGCAGAUGCUGAAAGCGCCUUGGUUAAGGCAUGGCGGGAAAAAGGGCUUCAUUCGGCAACUGUGCCAGGCGAAUUCAAGGAGCGUUGAGGCAGUCGAGGGAAGAUAUGCAGAGGUUGGGCGGGAAAUACCUGUCAAGAUUAUUUGGGGUGCGCAGGACAGUUGGAUACCGGUCGAGGUCGCUGCGAGGCUUGGGAAAGCGCUGCAAGCGAAGGAAAUUGUCACAAUUGAGGAAGCGGGCCAUCUUGUCAUGUAUGACCAACCAGCCCAACUAGGAGUUGAACUUGGGAGAUGGCUGAGCACGGUUGGGAGGUGA